AUGGCGCCGGCGGACGAGAAUAAUCAUAUAGAAGUAGACGAGGCCGCAGAGAUGGACGACGAGGCCUACGGGGACAACGAUGAGUCGACGUUGUCAACCUCGCUGUCGUCCAGCAUUCUCGCGUACCGGAUGGAGAAUGGCAGAAGAUACCAUGCAUACAAGGCUGGCAGCUACCCAUUUCCAAACGACGAAAUAGAGAAUGACCGGCUAGAUAUGCAGCAUGCUGUCUUCCUCAGGUCGCUGGACGGCAGGCUGUGCCUAUGUCCAAUUAAAGAGGGUAUCCAGAAUGUGCUUGAUGUUGGCACCGGAACUGGCGUCUGGGCACUUGACUUUGCCGACGAGCAUCCCUCUGCACAGAUAAUUGGUACAGACCUGUCACCAAUCCAGCCGAGUCUGGUCCCCCCAAAUCUCAGCUUCCUGAUCGACGACGCAGAAGCAGAAUGGCAGUUUCAUCAGAAGUUCGACCUGGUCCACGGUAGAAUGAUGACAGGCUCCCUGAAAGACUGGGACCGCUUCUAUACCCAAUGCUACAACAACCUCCAGCCGGGCGGAUAUGUUGAAAUGCAAGAUAUCUGUCUCCCCCUGAAAUCCGAUGACGGCACACUAACACCAGAUCACGCCCUGGACAAAUGGUCCCGGCUCUGUCUGGAAGCAUGUGAAAAGCUAGAGAGGCCGUUGGACGUGGCUAAAAGUCAUAAGAGACGCAUGGAAGAAGCUGGCUUCGUCGACGUUGUUGAAGUUAUUUAUAAAUGGCCGCAGAAUUCAUGGGCUAAAGACCGCAAACUGAAGGAGAUAGGGAACUGGACGAUGACGAACAUGCUGGAGGGUCUGCAGGCGCUAAGUAUAGGGCCCUUUACGCGAGGGCUGGGCUGGAGUUUGGAGCAGGUCGAGGCGUUUUUGAUAGACGUCCGGAAUGACGUGAAGAAUAGGAAAUUGCAUGUUUACUGGCCGAUGUACUUUGUAUACGGCCGCAAGCCAGAAAGCAACGAGAAGAUAUGA